UAGUAAAAACUAGGUUAAACCACUUUACGUCUAUACCAUAUAUCUUGAUCGUGUAUCUUCUCGACAAUGUCCAGAUAAUCUCUUUCUCUUUACGGCCUUGUCCGCACACAAAAUGUUACAUCUGUCUUUUUGUCAAGAAUUAUUUUUCCAAACAAAAGCAAAAAAGUGAUUAUCUAAAAGUGGUUCAUUUGACCUAAGCUUAUACUCAACAGUGGUCUUGAGCAUAGCCAAGUGAAGCAUUGGAUUCAGGUUCCCAAUUUUUUUUUAAAAGUUCAUUUUGAAAAGGCCCUAAUAUUUCAGAGACGCCCCUGCUUAUACUCUUAAUGGUUUGUCACCGUCACCACUCACCGGUGUCAUUGUUCGGAUACAUAUACGGGUAGGUGUAUGAGAUGUGGAAGGGGAAAAAAGCUUACAAUGUUGCUUACCAGAACGCUAUUCGUCCACAAGUUAUUUUUUUCUUUAGCCACUACAACACAAAUAUCCAAAGUGUGGUCAUGUACCACUUCAAAUUAAUUUUCUUUACAUGUUUCAAUAAAUUCUAUAGUCCUAUUUUUUCACUGAUAAUUAUUUAUCUUCAAAAUAAGAGAUAUGAAACUACGAAUCCAAGUUGUUUUGGUCUAGUAGUGAAAGGAUUCCAGCUGGAAUUUCUAUCAUGCAUUUCGAGUAGUAUUAACUAUUUAGCGGUAUUUCAAAUAGAUUUAACCGUUCGCACAUAUUUUGCAAGACUUCUUAGAAUUAUUUUUGGAUGUAGAGAUGUUAUAAAAAAAAUAAAAAUAAAAAAACUAUGAACUUAUGAGAGACAGCUUGAAAAGAUGAAAAAGCGUCAAUGAUUGAGCAAGUGGUUGUGAGAUAAUCAACACUGAUCACCACCCAUAUUUACCAAUAACAAGGUACACUCGUGUUUUCGUAUUUUCGUGUUCCUCGUGGUGGUCCUUCCAGAAACUAUAAAAAACUGAAUUUAUAAAUGUUUAUAGAAUAAGGAUUAUAAACGGUAUAUAAUUCUAGUUUUAACUUUCUAUUUUUAAACCUAAGUUUGGUUUUGAGCUGUACAACAGCUUGUUUUGUACACUAUAAUUUCAAAUGGUACAAAUUUGUGUGGUCAAUUCGUUUGUUUAUUCCUAUACGAUCUUUGUUUCAUAAUAAUUGUUUUCAAUUUUCUUUUCUUUAACAUUUUUUUUUGUUUUGUUGUUUAAUAAAGAUUUCAAAUAAAAUAUUAUUGUUUUUCUUAUUAAAUCGAGAGACAUUUGUAUACCAAUAUAAAUGUAUGUGUGUUAGUUAGACGAAUACAAAUUUAAAUAUGUACAAAUUGUCCAUAAACAACACUAUAAUUCUGAAAGAUAACUAUUAUAACCUAACCAGCCAAACAGUUGCAUGCAGUUUGAGACUUUGAGUGAGAAUAAGUUGAAUAACUACGAAUAUAUAAGAAUUUUAUCCAGUAUAUAUAUAUAGUUUAGGGACCAACUCAUACUAGGUUUUAGAGAACCACGUAGCUAAACCUGGUGGUAGAAAGAGAAUUUAGGACAACGUUCGAGUCCCAUAAAUUAAGCUGUCACUUGAUUCACGAAAAUGAGAUCAUGUUUUAAGUUUCACUGGAAAAUUUGGGAUUAACAAGUUGUCGGUAUUGUUCUUCUCAAAAGAUUAGUUGAGUUUCAGCCCAUAUAUCCCUUAAAUUAAAAGGAAAAAAAAAUCUCAUCAUGUGUAUAUCAAAGAAGAUCAUGACUUUGUUCGAACGAUUAUCUAACCCACCAAGUAUAUUUGACAAUGACGACGAACGGUGGUCACGCAUAUCGUGGUGAAUUAUUUCUUAGUGGAUCUAAUCUAAUCCAAAGAUUUCAUUACCAAUAUAUUAGGGAAACAUUUUAAAUAACAUUUAUAUACAUACUUUAGACAUAAGUCUAUAAUGUCUUUCGGAAUCACCAAGUUUUGCUGAAAAUUUAAAAUGAAACUUUAACUUAACACGGUCCCCGUUUCACGAUCACUGUUAAUUAAUUUGUAUUUCUUACGUGAGGGUCAUGCCACCUAUAAAUUCAGACAAAGACAUACCAAUGCACACACUUCAACUCUCACUGUCUUUCAUAACAAAAUCAUUAUUACCAACAUCUAGCUUAUCAUUCUCUCUAGUCUCUAAUGGCAUCGCUGCACUGUUCAUCUUAUUUUCUGGGCACAAAUCUUACAAAACAAAACUCCGUUGCGAUCUUCCAAAGCUACUCUCCAACCUCAUUCACCAAGCUUGCCUCUCGUGUCUCUCGCCAGAGGUUCCUACUCUGCUCGCUGGCCAUGAACGGGUGUGAGGCUGACCAUAAAGAGCCACUUGGCACGGUAGAGACAAGAACUCUAUCCACGGUUACGUCACCGGCUAUUGCGACGGAGAAGCUGAUAACCGCCGUCUCUAACCUUAAAACGGAACCGCCUUCGUUCUCAUCCGGCAUCAUCCGAUUACAGGUGCCCAUUGACCAGACAAUCGGUGCAAUAGAUUGGCUUCAUGCGCAAGAUGAUGCUCUUCCUCGCAGUUUCUUUUCAUGUCGCCGCAGCGACGCUGGCCGUCAAGAUCUUCUCCAAGACUUGUCGAGCGAGAAUGUGAACGGAUCAUCUGAUCGUAAUCCGGUCAGUGUUGCUGGAAUCGGGUCUGCUGUAUUUUUCCGUGAUCUGAGGCCAUUCUCUCAUGAUCACUGGAGAUGUAUCCGAAGGUUUCUGUCUUCGACGUCUCCUUUGAUUCGUGCGUACGGUGGACUUCGGUUUGAUCCUAGAGGAAAGAUCGCUGUCGAAUGGGAACAGUUUGGCUCUUUUUAUUUCACAGUGCCUCAGGUCGAGUUUGCUGAGUUUGGGGAAAACUCAGUGCUGGCUGCAACUGUUGCUUGGGACGAGGAGAUCUCAUGGACGCUUGAAAAUGCUAUUGAAGCACUUCAGGAGACUAUGCUUCAGGUUUCUUCUGGAAUAAUGAGAUUACGGAGAGAAUCUUUAGGAGUUUCUGUUGUUAGCAAGAACCACGUUCCUAGUGAAGGAGCCUAUUACCCUGCUGUAGCUAGUGCUCUGGAGAUUAUAAAGGCCAAAAAUUCACCCCUAAGCAAGGUUGUGCUUGCACGCAGCACUAGAAUCAUUACUGAUACCAAUAUUGAUCCUAUUGCUUGGUUAGCACGGUUGCAGCGUGAAGGACAAGACGCGUAUCAAUUCUGUCUUCAGCCACUAGGUGCACCAGCAUUUAUAGGAAACACGCCUGAGAGGCUCUUCCACAGAAAACAUCUAGGUGUCUGCAGCGAGGCUUUGGCUGCAACUAGGCCUAGAGGUGAUUCAGCAGUUUCUGAUAUGGAAAUAGAGCGUGACUUACUAACCAGUCCUAAAGACGAUCUUGAGUUCUCCAUCGUGCGAGAGAAUAUAAGAGAAAAACUAAAAGCUAUAUGUGACAGAGUAAUUGUGAGGCCCCCAAAAACAGUGAGAAAGCUUGCAAGAGUACAACACCUUUAUUCACAAUUGGCAGGGCAGCUAAGAAGAGAAGAUGAUGAGUUUGACAUCUUAACUGCUUUGCAUCCAACGCCAGCUGUUUGUGGAUGUCCAGUAGAUGAAGCACGGAUUUUGAUUAAGCAAAUUGAGUCAUUUGAUAGAGGAAUGUAUGCUGGACCUGUUGGAUACUUUGGUGGUGGAGAGAGUGAAUUUUCUGUAGGCAUAAGAUCUGCUUUAGUCGAGAAGGGUCUUGGAGCAUUGAUCUAUGCAGGAACAGGAAUAGUUUCAGGAAGCGAUUCAUCCUCAGAGUGGAACGAGCUUGAUCUUAAGAUCUCUCAGUUCACUAAAUCACUUGAACCAGCUUUGCAGCCUAUCAACUAAAGAAAUUCAAAGUGAGAUUGUUUGGUAAAUUAAGUUGCUAUAUUUAAAUUGCUUUGUAUCAUUCAUUGUGUGUUUGGUGCCAAUCAAUGUUGUAAACUAGAAGUAAAUCCAAUGAUUCUGCAUCAAGUUUAAAUAUUUUUGUUUAGCUAUUUGUUGUCUAGUUUCUGACCAAA